AUGGCGCCAAUCAAGGUCGGCAUCAUCGGCUUCGGCUUCUCGACCAACUGCUUCCAGCUGCCCUUUAUCCUGCCCAACAAGGACCUGCUCGUGUACGCCUUUUUGCAGCGCGCCCCGCCGUCGGCCGCGGCGACGCAAAAGUUCGGCCACUGCACGCAAAAGUUCCCGCAGGCCAAGCACUACCAGACGGCGGCGGCCUUUUUUGGCGACCCGGACAUUGAGCUGGUGGUCGUCGCGGCGUUUGACCACGUCGCGCUGGCCACGCAGGCGCUGGAGGCGGGCAAGCACGUGGUCGUGGAGAAGCCGGUGUCGUCGACGUCGGCGGAGGCGGACGCGCUGAUCGCGCUGGCCCGGGCGCAGGGCAAGCUGCUCAGCGUGUUCCAGAACCGGCGGCUCGACAGCGACUUCCGGACGGUGCAGCACCUCGUGACGGCCGGGGCCCUGGGCGACGUGACGGAGGCCGAGAUCCACUUCGACCCGCCGCCCGGGUUCAAGGCCGACGUGGUCGACCGCAACUACGGCGACGGCCCGUAUACGCCCGGCCGCGGCAGCGUGUUCGACCUGGGCACGCACACCAUCGACCAGGCGCUCGUGCUGUUUGGCAAGCCGGCCUACGUCACGGCCUUUUUCCGCUCGGUGCGGGCCGGCGGCGGUGGCGUGCACGACACGUUCUCGCUGGUGCUGGAGUACGACGGCACCGAGGCCCGCACCAACCUCGUCGUGACCGUCAAGACCAACGUCGCCUCCGUCCUCAAGGACCAGCUGCGCUUCGUCGUCAAGGGCACCGACGGCACGUUUAUCAAGUACGGCACCUGCCCCCAGGAGGACCGCGCCAUCGCCCACCCGGGCGUCGCCGCCGACGACCCGGCCUACGGCGUCGAAGACGAGCGCAUCUGGGGCCAGCUGACGACCAAGACGCCGUUUGACGCCGCCGUCCAGACGCGCGACGCCGCCACGGGCUACUACAUGGGCGCCUUCCCGUCGCUGCCGGGCCACUACCGCGGCUACUACGAGAACAUUGUCGACGCCAUCCGCGGCACCGCGCCCCUGGCCGUCGACCCGCAGACGUCGCGCGACGGCAUCCGGCUGAUUGAGCUGGCGCGGCAGUCGCACGAGACGCGGGCGAGUGUGAAGUGGACGGAUGCGUAG